AAAAGUGAUAUUUUUGGAAUAAUUACAUUACAUUGAUCUUAUAUUUUCAUUAAGAGUAUCCUCUCUGUUAUAUGAUUUCGCAGGUGAAAAGCCAAGUAAGAAAAAGAAGAUCCUGAUAGCGGUAGGCGCAGUGAUCGGUGGCUUCCUUCUGACUUCCCUCAUACUCAUUCUUCGUUCUGGUUUUCUCUUCUUGCUCAUUCAAACCAAAAAUUGGAAGAAGAAAACCGACAAUGCUGGUAAUGUUGGUGGCGUCGAAGAGUUCUUAGAAAACUAUGGAUCCUUGGCUCUAAGAAGAUACACCUAUUCAGAUCUCAAGAAGAUUACCAACUCCUUCAAAGAUAGUUUAGGCCAAGGAGGGUAUGGUGGUGUGUUCAAAGGGAUGCUACAGGAUGGCCGUCUUGUGGCCGUGAAGGUCCUGAAUGAAUCCAAGGGUAACGGAGAAGAUUUCAUUAACGAGGUCUCCAGCAUUGGUAGGACUUACCAUGUGAAUAUCGUCUCUCUCCUGGGUUUCUGUUCAGAGGGGUCUAAAAGAGCACUCAUCUAUGAGUUCAUGCCGAAUGGAUCUCUAGAAAAAUUCAUCUACACUGAGAAACCAAGACAAUCACAUCCCUUGGGGUGGGAAAAACUCUACCAAAUUGCAAUUGGUGUUGCUCGAGGACUAGAAUACUUACAUCGUGGUUGCAAUACACGCAUUCUACAUUUCGACAUAAAACCGCAUAACAUUCUUCUAGAUCAGGACUUUUGCCCCAAGAUCUCAGAUUUUGGGCUAGCGAAGCUGUGCCCCACGCAAAACAGUACUAUAUCGAUGUUGGGUGCCAGAGGAACCGUUGGGUUUAUUGCCCCUGAAGUAUAUUGUAGAAGUAUUGGAGGUAUCUCCCACAAGUCAGAUGUUUAUAGCUAUGGUAUGAUGGUACUGGAAAUGGUUGGAGGAAGAAAGAACAUUGAUCCGCUAGUGGAGAACACCAGCGAGAUAUAUUUUCCUCAUUGGAUAUACAACCGUCUCACUACAUACAGGCAUCUUGAUCUACAUGGAUAUCUAGGUUUACAUGGAAUUGAGACGAAAGUUGAAGAAGAAACAGCAAGGAAGAUGAUCUUAGUUGGUUUGUGGUGCAUCCAAACCAACCCGACAGAUCGGCCUUCAAUGAGUAGGGUGGUGGAGAUGCUGGAAGGAAGCCUUAAUGGCUUGCCAAUGCCACCCCAGCCAUUUCUUUCUUCUUCUUCAUGAUCUUAGCAAGUUGUACUAAAACCUCAAUAUCAUAAGAGAAUUUCUUUCAGAAUUC